CUUGUCCUUGCUCUGACUGAGACUGACUCAACAAAUGCCGGGCCGGAGGAAGCAAAGCAGUUUUUAGAAGCAUCGUUUUAAUUCGUUCUAGAGCUAUUGCUAGUGUUCCGCCAUUAUUGAAGUUUUUCUCCUUUCGUUUUCGUUGUGGUAAAACAAAACAUUGAAUUAUUGCCGGAGCCGGAGGAAGCCAAGCAGAAUCAUCCCAUCAAGCAUAGUUUUAAGUUUUAAUUCGUUCUAGUGCUAGUGUGCCGCCAUUAUUGAAGUUUUCUCCUUUCGUUGUGGCAAAACAAAACAUAACUUAUUGAAUUAUUUAACUUAUUGUGAUCUCCUCUACAUUAAAGGCGACAUGUUGAACCCCCGACACCAAAGAAUGUAGCCUAGGUGAAAUAGUGGAUCAACAUGUGGUCUAUUGUAAAACGACUUGAAGAUGGGAACUUUGACCUUGUACCAAAUAGUUGGGUACAAUCCCAUGAAGAGUGUCUGUACCCAAAUACAGGGCUAAGCCAGAUUAAAAAAAGUGCUAAGAAUAAUGAGGGCCCUCAAGAGGGCUGGGAGACGGUCCAUAUUGAAAUCAAGAAAAGGAACAUAGAUGAUUUUGACCGAGGCAUGAGGGACGUUAUACGAUACACUCAAGGCAAAAGAUCAAUCACCUCUUCGGAGAAUGAGGAAAAGGGUAGGGGGAGAAGAAAAAAACAAAAGAGGAGGAUUUUUGAUGACGACUCAAAUAAUGAUGAAACUUCUGAGAGCGAAACUACUAGUCCAAGCUGUUCCAAAAUCACAUUUAAGCCAUCUGCAGUGGUCACUAGUCCCCCGCCAAAUUUUCCAUCCUUGCUGGUUCCCCGAACCCCACAGCCCGAGGCCCAAAAUAAGCAGGCGCCACCUCAGUGCAAAAUUGCAAAGGGGAGGAAGCACUUGUGUGCUUUUGAUGAUAACAUCUCUAACUCUACCUCCAAUGCACACGUAUUGUGCCAUCUGUCACAGAAUUUGAUCAGCAUGAAAGGGAACAUGGCCUACUUCAAGGAGAUGCUAGAAAACAUCUCUUCCAAAUUGGACCAGUUAGCGAGCAGGCCUAGUAAUGAUGGCCUUCAAAGUGAAGCUGUUUGCAGCAGUGAAAACAUUUUGGCAACCCUAGAUGGGUUUCCCAUUUCCAAUAGGAAAGAUCUUUCAGAAAUGGAAGAAAAUCUUAAAAGCCAGGAAAAUUUCAAUCAAGCAGUAAAUGCUCUCUCAGCAUGUGCUGAAAAAAGUAGCUUGUCCCGUACUGUGACAAGUACACUUCGCAAACUGAUAACAAUUCAACUAGCCUCCCAGUUCACCUGGAAAGGGAUGAAGAGGAAGGAUCACAGGAUAGAUAAAAUGGCUUUCAAAGACCUACGACUUGCAAAACUGCUCUUUGGUGUAACAGCAAAAUGUGUUCAAGGGAAGGAGGACAUCGAUUUUUCAAAAGUCGCUACUAUAGCAGCAAGCUGGCUGGCCCAGUCUGCUGCUAAACAUGACAAAUUGGGACAGCAAGUAGAAGAUCAAACAGGCGAGCCUCAAUGAAACCAUAAGAGCCCUCAAGCAUGGUUACUAUAUUUUCCUAUGGGAUUCUUCAAAGUCACUUUUCACUGUCCAAUGUGUUUAUUUGGAUACCAAACUAUCUCUAAAAAUUCCGGAAAUUCUAUGUAUUUUUUAGAACAUACAUCUCAACAAGUUGUACUAAUUGUUGUAUUGUUAUAAUUUGUUUUAUUGUCAUACUUUAUGUGUUGUUAUUCUUGUAUAUGAUUGAAAUUAUUCUUGAAUUUUUCGCAACAGGCCUAAUUAUAACAUUUUUUGUCUAAGCUGUGCUCACACAAUAGGCCUAUCAGGGAUUUAGGCUAUUAAUUUGGUUGGCUGGUUUCUGCAUCGCUCCAAUAUAAAUAUUACAAUAUUGUCCUAUGAGAUUCUAGCUCAAAGCCAAUUUUCACUGUCCAAUGUGUUAAUUUGGAUACCAAACUAUCUCUAAAAAUUCCGGCAAUUCAAUGUAUUUUUUAGAACAUACCUCUCAACAAGUUGUACUAAUUGUUGUAUUGUUAUAGUUUGUUUUAUUGUCAUACUUUAUGUGUUGUUAUUCUUGUAGAUGUUUGAAAUUAUUCUUGAAUUUUUUGCAAUAGGCCUAAUUAUAACAUUUUUUGUCUAAGCUGUGCUCACACAAUAGGCCCAUCAGGGAUUUAGGCUAUUAAUUUGGUUGGCUGGUUUCUGCAUCGCUCCAAUAUAAAUAUUACAAUAUUGUCCUAUGAGAUUCUAGCUCAAAGCCAAUUUUCACUGUCCAAUGUGUUAAUUUUGAUACCAAACUAUCUCUAAAAAUUCCGGCAAUUCACUGUAUUUUUUAGAACAUACCUCUCAACAAGUUGUACUAAUUGUUGUAUUUUUAUAAUUUGUUUAUAGUCAUACUUAAUGUGUUGUUAUUCUUGUAGAUGUUUGAAAUUAUUCUUGAAUUUUUUGCAAUAGGCCUAAUUAUAACAUUUUUUGUCUAAGCUGUGCUCACACAAUAGGCCCAUCAGGGAUUUAGGCUAUUAAUUUGGUUGGCUGGUUUCUGCAUCGCUCUAAUAUAAAUAUUACAAUAUUGUCCUAUGAGAUUCUAGCUCAAAGCCAAUUUUCACUGUCCAAUGUCUUAAUUUGGAUACCAAACUAUUUCUAAAAAUACCGGCAAUUCUAUGUAUUUUUUAGAACAUACAUCUCAACAAGUUGAACUAAUUGUUGUAUUGUUAUAAUUUGUUUUAUAGUCAUACUUAAUGUGUUGUUAUUCUUGUAUUUGUUUGAAAUUAUUCUUGAAUUUUUUGCAAUAGGCCUAAUUAUAACAUUUUCUUUCUAAGCUGUGCUCACACAAUAGGCCCAUCGGGGAUUUAGGCUAUUAAUUUGGUUGGCUGGUUUCUGCAUCGAUCCAAUAUAAAUAUUACUAUAUUGUCCUUUGAGAUUCUAGCUCAAAGUCAAUUUUCACUGUCCAAUGUUUUGAAUACCAAACUAUUUCUAAAAAUAACGGCAAUUCUAUGUAUUUUUUAGAACAUACAUCUCAACAAGUUGUACUAAUUAAUUGUUGUAUUGUUAUAAUUAGUUGUAUUGUCAUAUUUUAUGUGUGGUUAUUUUUGUAUUGGUUUGAA